AUGUACUAUUAUCAGGUUCAAUCAGCAUCGACAAGAGACGAAGUAAUUCCAACAUGGCUUCAAGAGUUAGUAGGAGGACCACUUUCAGAAACAAUCUCGUGGCCAAUGUAUUGCACUCGCGGGUAUGUAUUCAAGAGAAGAACACAGUUCAACAAUAGGCAGACUGUGAACGACGGGGUGUAUUGCACUCGCGGGUAUGUAUUCAAGAGAAGAACACAGUUCAACAAUAGGCAGACUGUGAACGACGGGGUUGUCGUGCAUACGACGGAUGUCGACUACUAUGGUGUGCUAGAAGACAUUUUAGAGGUGGAGUAUCCUGGAUACAUAAACUUGAAAUGUGUCCUUUUCAAGUUUCACUGGUAUGAUCCUACGAGUAAACGUGGUGUUCGUCUUACGGAGUUAGGCGUUACCGUGAUUAACUCAAGUAGAAAAUUAAAUAAGUACGAUCCAUUUAUCAUUGCUUCUCAAGCCGACCAAGUGUGUUAUCUUCCAUAUCCUAGGGUGAGUCAAAUCAACAAUCCUUGGAUCACAGUUGCACAAGUUAAUCCUAGGGGACGAGUAGACGGUGUGAAGGACCACGAUCCAAUGCAACAAAAUUCUGCAGGAGUUACUAGUGUCAUCAAAAAUUCUCUUGAAAACACGAUAUUGGUGGACGUUGAAAAUCAGUUAUUUGAUAGCAUGGAUUUGGAAGGCGAUGCCAACGUGGGAGAAUUUGAGGACUCCAAUAACUCUAGUCCGUCAGACUACUCAUCAGAAUCUGAAUAG